UUCACACUCGUGCAACUUGGUGCAACAAGCUAAAGUGCCAAGAACCCGUUGUUUGUCUUCAGAUUUUCCUGAUUCUCUGGCGUGAAGCACAAUAACCAUGCGAUGGAAGCCUCAGCAUAUGGCGAUACCUGCUUUGGUAAUUUGCCUGUACCUGAUCACCGCUCCCUUGUUCAAGAAUCGUCGGGCGAGGCAAAUAAGAGUGAUGCAGCCGAUGCCACCUGCACAUCUGAAGAACCCAAGCACAACGAAGUCUUGUGUCCCUCAGAAUUCAGUGUAUUUCCUCAAGAUCCCGAAGUGCGCCUCUACUACUAGCUUCCAGAUUUUUGUCGCGUACGGAGUCAAGCACGGACUUACGUUCGCCCUGCCUAGAAGAUUGGUUGUGUCUCCGCAGCGUCUGCCGCCAGAGUACCAUGGUUCCCCCGACGGUCGUUACGACAUGGUUGUAUCCCAUACGCUGUUUGACAAGAAGGGAGUACAGCAGGUGAUGAGAGAAUCAGCUAAAUACGUUGCAACGAUACGGGAACCAGCAUCUCGCUUCGAGUCCAUGUGGUAUUAUGGAAAGAAUUUUGAUAAGAAUCUUUCUGCCUUCGCAAAAGCGUCACAAUACACGAAGAUUGAGAAGAUGAGACUAAACAAACUUGCUACUUUUUUCGGGGUCAAAUCUCCCAGCGACCGUGUAACAGAAAGCGAGAUGUAUAGCAAGGCAAAAGGGCUGAAUGAGACCUUUGACUUGGUCAUGAUUGCUGAGAGGUUCGACGAGUCCCUGGUCCUCCUGAAGCACCUCAUGUGCUGGGACACUCAAGACAUCGUUUAUGUCAAAGCUAAGAUUCGGAGUGCGUCUUAUAGGCCUAAGUCCUCAGAGGCUAUUAUGGACAGGCUUCGAGAACUGAACAGACAGGAUGUCAUUCUGUACAAGUUCUUCAGUGAAGUGUUUGAGGAGAAAGUGAAAGCCUUUGGCGAGGAAAGAAUGCGGAGGGAAGUCGAGGAUCUUCGCCAAGCAAAUGCUCGAUUUCUGGAAGACUGCGGAGCUGAACUCAGUGGAUCAUCCAAGACUGUGAAAACUUGGCGAGUAACAAGCAGUUCAAGUAUUUGCAAAAUGAUUUCACUGUCGGGGUCUAAUAUCAUAAAGCAACUUAUAAGAAGGCAGAAGAUAUGGGUCUCUAGUCACUUAACUUACAACCUGUCAUCAUGGACUUUCACUUAAGUGAAAGAAGAAAGGGUAUUUUAAAUAUACGUGAAAGGAACGAUAGUAAUCUAUUGAAAAAGAAAACUUUACUUAAAGGUAUAUAUUAACAUUUACAUUUUGUUAGUCUACUUAUUUCCUUAAAAGAUUUACCAUUAAUCAUUAUAUAGUUAUACAUUUCACCGCUAAUAUUAAUGUAUGAAAAGAUUUACCCUUAAUUAUUUUAUACAAUUAUUUUUUAAUCCAUUAAUUACAUUAUAUAGUUAA